AUGCAUGUGACCGCCAUCAACGUGGGCGAUCUCCUCAUCCCCCUCUGGCGGGGGCAAUUCCAGCAUGCCGAGGACGAUCGCCCUUCCAGCUGGAAGUGGGCGGUCCUCAGAUCGCAACGGGUAUGGAACGAGCACAGCAGGCUCGUUGGCUCCAUGACGACUUACCUCCCCGGGUCGUUUGAUCGGCCGCCUCGCAAUCCCGCAAAGAAAAUUCACAGUGGUUACAAAGCCUGGGAGUGGCUUCUGUACAUCUAUGGUAUGGGCCCCGCACUAUUCUACGGUCUACUCCCGCAAGAGCAUUGGGAGAACCUCUGCCACUUAGUCCUCGGAGUUCGACUACUACAGCAACAUUCAAUAACAUUCACGCAGGUCCAGACAGCCAGGGACCAUCUCAACAAGUUCGCUGAUGGGUUUGAGAAGAUAUACGUCCAGAAACGUGCCGAUCGCAUCCACUUUGUUCGGCCGUGGAUACACGCGGUUACCCACAUGGCGGCAGAUACCACACGAAAAGGACCGCCGCUUACAAGCUCGCAGUGGACCAUGGAACGUAUGGUCGGCGAUCUUGGCCGCGAGAUUCGGUCUCAUUCUCACCCGUACGCAAAUCUUUCUCGGCGAGCCCUCCUUCGGUGUCAGGUCAACGCUCUCAAAGCGUUGUAUCCUGAUCUUGUUCCCGCCAAUGCGCCGCUGCCUCGUGCGUCUGUCGCCUUUGGCGAAUAUGUCCUUCUUCCUCGCAAAGAUCGCUAUCUUUACACCCCGAACUCAUCUGAAAGUGCUGCCGUGGUCACUGCUCUACGUGCUCACGGGAUCGAAGUCCAGGGGCAGCCACGUAUUCAACGCCGUGCCCGACUUCGUCUCCCCAAUGGCCAAAUCGCCCGUUCAUACUGGAAGGAGAAUGCCAUGACUGGAAGUGUUAGAUGCUCGCGGAAUGUGUCGAUUCAACUGCCAGGACAUGCUGCCCCUGUCUAUGCAGAGGUACAGUAUUUUUUUGUCGGAAUGCUCAAUCAAGUCGAGCACGCGUUCGCGAUGGUGUCGAUUUAUGGCGAGCCGGAUGACACGCUUCGAAUCGCUUCAUUUGAGACCAUUCACGCGUGUAAGUAUUACGGACAAGCAGCCCUGCAAGUGAUCGAUAUCAAGUACAUUAAAUCCGUCAUUGCUAUGCUCCCGCAUAAGUUCCCUGGUCGCGAACACGAAGGGACGCUUUGGUUUGUCGUCGAGAAACCCGGAUUGGACAUAGCUGUUUUUAGUGGAUUGGAGGGUGGCAUUGGCGACUUGUCGUUAUCUGAUGUUUCUUAG